GGGCGGUCAAUCGCCCAGGUGGGAGCGGCGAUUGGCCGCGGGCGCGCCCUCUCGGGAGGGGCGCGUAGUCUGCGCUCUGGGGGGAAGGGCGCGGCGCCGCGUCUGGAGCCCCGCGGUCCGGUCCUCGCGCCCGCCCGCCCGCGGGUCCCUCCUGCCCCUGCCUGCCGGGCAGGGCCGCCCGCGCCAUGGAGUCCUACGACAUCAUCGCCAACCAGCCCGUGGUCAUCGACAACGGCUCUGGAGUGAUCAAGGCUGGCUUUGCAGGAGAUCAGAUUCCCAAAUACUGUUUCCCAAACUAUGUCGGGCGCCCAAAGCACAUGCGGGUGAUGGCUGGAGCCCUGGAAGGGGACCUCUUCAUUGGACCAAAAGCAGAGGAGCACCGCGGGCUGCUGGCUCUGCGCUACCCCAUGGAGCACGGCGUGGUGCGGGACUGGAAUGACAUGGAGCGCAUCUGGCAGUACGUCUACUCCAAGGACCAGCUGCAGACCUUCUCCGAGGAGCACCCCGUUCUCCUCACGGAAGCCCCGCUCAACCCGAGUAAGAACCGGGAGAAGGCGGCAGAGGUGUUCUUCGAGACCUUCAAUGUGCCGGCCCUGUUCAUCUCCAUGCAGGCCGUUCUCAGCCUGUACGCAACAGGACGCACGACAGGAGUGGUGUUAGACUCGGGGGACGGGGUCACCCAUGCUGUCCCUAUCUAUGAGGGCUUUGCCAUGCCGCAUUCCAUCAUGCGGGUGGACAUUGCUGGCCGCGACGUCUCCCGCUAUCUCCGGCUGCUGCUGCGCAAGGAAGGCUUCGACUUUCACACCUCAGCGGAGUUUGAGGUUGUUCGGACCAUCAAAGAGCGAGCCUGCUACCUGUCCAUCAACCCGCAGAAGGAUGAGGCUCUGGAGACAGAGAAGGUGCAGUACACCUUGCCGGAUGGCAGCAUGCUUGACGUGGGGCCAGCACGAUUCCGGGCCCCCGAACUGCUGUUCCAGCCAGACCUGGUAGGGGACGAGAGCGAGGGACUCCACGAGGUGCUGGCCUUCGCCAUCCACAAGUCGGACCUGGACCUCCGCCGGACGCUGUUCGCCAACAUCGUGCUUUCAGGAGGCUCCACGCUGUUCAAAGGCUUUGGCGACCGAUUACUAAGUGAAGUGAAGAAGCUUGCCCCUAAGGACGUCAAAAUCAAGAUCUCGGCCCCUCAGGAGCGGCUGUACUCCACGUGGAUCGGUGGCUCCAUCCUCGCCUCGCUGGACACUUUUAAGAAGAUGUGGGUCUCUAAGAAAGAGUACGAAGAGGAUGGCGCGCGUGCUAUUCAUCGCAAAACCUUCUAGUGCCCAAGGAGGAGGGGCAGCGUGUUGGGAGAAUGGGAGGAAAGGGAAGCCAAAGUCUUUGACCCUUUCUGUCUGGGCCCCCUGCAUGCCCCGACCCCGGGCAGGUGGUGCAGCAGCGCUUCCCUGCAGCCCUCCCUACGUGCACGCACACACACAGUAAGGUUUAGCUGCAUGGAUGGGAGUCUGGAAUAUAGGAAUUGAGGGGCCCAGCCUUCGGUGGUUCUAGGGGUCCCCCUGGGCAGGGCCAAUUAAGCCUAUGGUUCCUGGCUCUAACCCUUGGGGCUGCUUCCCUGAGCUCCAAGGCCAGACACCCCAACGCCCCCAUUUCCUCUGACAGUCCCUCCCAGAGCCGGGGUGCCUGUGUAACUGGCCUUGGGGGGUGGGGUAGAGGAGGGGCAGCCGGCAGCUCCCACUGGUGUAUCACUGUUUCUCAUGCCUCCUCCUCUUCCUGACCUGACAGGGUAGUGCCCAAGGCCAGCUACUCCUAGGCAUCCCUGACCUUCCGCACUGUCCCCCCAUCUUCCUGAGUGGAUGCCUUGGUGCAGGCUGAGUACUGGCAGCCUGCCCUCCCCAGUGAGGGGUUCUGGCCACGGUUGGACCCUAUAGAGCCAGGGCAGAGUACGCAGGGGGCUUGGGCAGCCAGUCUGUUACACGCUCCCCUUCAAAGCACUUCAGUGGCUUGCUGGUCUUCCUCCUUUACCCCAGGACCGGAUGGGGAAGGGUUAAUGGUCUUUGCUGGUUGAGGGGGAGCCACUUAAUCAGGAGUCAGACCCAGAGGGGUGAGGGGGCACAAUCCUCUCCCGUGAAGGUCUUUAUUACCCUGGGGCCAGAGCCCCACUACCCCCUCCCAGAUAUGUAUAAUAAUUUAACACAGUUGCCUGAAAAACAUUUUUGUAAAGCAUUAUAGUAAUAAUUAUGGACAAGGCCUA